AAAUCUGGUACCGGAAACCCUUAAAAGUUCCCUGUCAGUCCGCCCCGCCGAACUGCAGUCCAGCAUUCAUACGGUCCAGUUGGAGAAAAUGGGCGACAAGGGUCUGUCAGACGAGGCAGUGGCAUCGGCUUGUAAGGAUGGAGACCCGAUUACGAAGGAUUUCAUGAUGCAGCAGACGAUGCUGCGGGUUAAAGAUCCAGCCAAAUCCUUGGAGUUUUACACCAAGAUCCUCGGCAUGACGCUCCUGCAGAAGUUUGAUUUCCCCUCCAUGCGCUUCUCACUCUUCUUCUUGGGCUACGAGGACAAGAAGGAGAUUCCCACUGAUGUGAAGGAGAAGACGGCCUGGACCUUCUCUAGAAGAGCCACCAUUGAGCUGACUCAUAACUGGGGCUCUGAGGCCGAUGAGAGCCAGUCUUAUCACAACGGAAACUCCGAUCCACGUGGCUUUGGACACAUUGGAAUCGCAGUUCCUGAUGUCUACGCGGCCUGCAAACUGUUUGAAGAGCAAGGCGUCACCUUCGUCAAGAAGCCCGACGAUGGUAAGAUGAAGGGCUUGGCCUUCAUUCAGGACCCUGACGGUUACUGGAUCGAGAUCCUGAGUCCAAACAAUAUGGUGUCCAUUACCUCCUAAAAGCUUUGAUAACGUGCGACCUGCUGCAGCGAGCACAAUGUCUGCUUUUCGGGCGAAGAAUUUAGCAACAUGUGGCGCGGAGCUUGGGGGGGGGUGCACGCUCAGUGGGUGCGCACGGGCCGGACACUUGAUCAGCAAAUAGAGUUUAUUGCAAUGGACAGCAACUACUUUGUUCUCCCGUCAUCUGUCUGCAUCGGGCUCCAGAGAGUGAUGCUGAAAUGACAUGUGGUGUUUCUGUGUAAUAAAUGUGAAAUUCACUGUUCAAACUAA